AUGGGACUUACUCCCAGUGACAGGCAAGCUCCUGGCACUGAGCAUCAUGAACUGGCUGAAGCCAGUGAGCUGCUGGUGGUGCUCCAUCUGGUGUGCCCCGAGCUCCUGACUUGUAUCAGUGAGGCCCAGCUGUCACCAGCUUGUGGCCAGUGGAUCCCCUCUUCCCGAAUUGUGGGUGGAGCUGAGGCUGCAGUGGGUGCUUGGCCCUGGCAGGCCAGUGUGCAGAUCUUAGACUCCCCUCAAUGUGGGGGGACCCUCAUCGCCUCACGCUGGGUCCUAACAGCCGCACAUUGCUUUAGCAGUCUUUCGAAUCCCUCCCUGUUUGUCAUCUUACUGGGAGCCCACAAUUUGUCAAACCCUGGACCUGAAGCAGUGUCUGUUCCUGUGAAGCAAAUCAUCAUCCACUCCCACUACUCAGGAUACAGAAACGGCAAUGAUAUUGCGCUGAUGGAACUGAAGGCCCCAGUCAACUUCACCCACCACAUCGUUCCUGCCUGCAUCCCAGGACCUUCCAUUCCCUUCCCUCCCCGCUUGGGGUGCUGGGUCACAGGCUGGGGAAACGUCCAGCAAGGAGUUCCACUCCCUGAACCAGAGUCCUUACAGGAAGUGCUGCUCCCACUUCUGGAUAGUAAUACCUGUGAAACACUUUACAGUAACUUGGAUGAGGAAACUCCCAAGGGGACCAGGGUAAUCAAAGAAGACAUGAUGUGUGCAGGAUACUUGGAAGGGAAGAAAGAUGCUUGCCAGGGGGACUCUGGAGGACCUUUGCUUUGCCCAUGGAAUGGUGCUUGGCUAGUGGCUGGUGUGGUGAGCUGGGGGGAUGUCUGUGGGGCUCCGAAGCGCCCAGGCAUCUACACUCAGGUCAGUGCCUACAGUCAAUGGAUCUUGAGACAUGACCCAGAAGUGGCUGCCAAUAUAAUCCACAAUGUCCCCACCAAGAGCUGUUCCUGGUGCCUAGGUGUUCACAGAGCCCUGCUGCUUUCAUUAGCCAUCACGAAUGGGCUCUGUGCCAUGCAUUGGUAA